AUGGAGGAUGAGUUGCUGGAGUUUUCCGGAGAAUCUCCAAACCAUUUGGACCCCGUGCUCAUGGAUACCGUACUGGUUAAUAGUGACGUCUCAAACUUCACUGGGAACACAACAUUGACGCUUGUACAACCAGCCACAACAAUGGCCUCCCUUCUACCGUAUCUGCCUAAUUAUUACCGUAUCGGAACUCUGGCAGCUAAAUGCAUUCUGUCAUUACUGCUGUGCGUGCUGUCAGCAACUAUCAAGAGAGAUUUCUUGAAGGUCUUCGCCUUAAUGCUGAUUCAAUUCAUACUACUGGAAUGUGUUUUCGACAUUUAUACCGAAAUACAAACCAGUAUUACUCACCACGGAUCAAGCGCGAACUCAGUUUUCGCUCUAAUCUCCUUCAUCAUUGCCGAUCUCAUUUUCUGGUCAACAUUGUUCUCAUCUAUUGUUGCUUUCUACUAUGCACAUAAAGCAGUCGUCCGACCAGAAGAAAUUAAUUACAUUCCGUACGCAAAUGCGUUUUUGAGGAUGCAGAUCUUCCCUAUUCUUUUCACCAUCAUUGACACCCUUGUCGCUUCCUACAAGGUACCGCCGUACGUGGUUUUGGGAUCAACAGUAAUUAUUCGGCUAGCAGCAUGCCUCGUUGCCGUCGUGCUCUUCACACAAGCACUCGCAUCUGUCAUAGUGUUCUGCCGUCGCCGUGACGAGUACACAAAGUCGUCUCCAUAUGAUCAGGUUCGCUUCAUUAAAUCUCCUAUCUCUAUUGAUUACAUAUGGGCUGCUGUUUCGCUAGUGCAGGAUUUCCUCAUCACAUUCAACUUCUCGAAAGAAGACGAGAAGAGUCUUCCAUUGGAAAUGGCUGCUGAACUUUAUGUGGAGCACCUUCGGAUCUUUUUGAUUCGACCACUGGUCGUCCUCGUGGCGAUUCUCGUAUUUAUUGCGCCAUAUCGCAAGAAGUUCAUUCGAUUCUUCUGCCCUUGCUGCCGCCAAUAA